UUCCCCGAGAGAGAAAAAGCCCCAUCUCGGCCGUCACAAAGACCAAUUACAGAGCACACCCGCAAAAGGAACCCUAAAAGCCUCUUCCUUUCUCGCCGGGAACGAAACCCUCGAGUCGCAAGAAUGUCUCAGGUGGAUAAUCGAAGCUCAUCUGCUGGCAAGCGGGCCAGAACUGAUGGUGGCCGCCGAGAAGAUGAUUGGACAUGCCCUAGCUGCGGAAAUGUUAAUUUCUCAUUCAGAACCACAUGCAAUAUGCGGAACUGUGCUCAGUCAAGGCCUGCAGAUCAUAAUGGAAAGUCUGCACCGAAGCCUAUGCAAGCUCCACCCCCUUACUCCUCUGCAGCUGGCUAUAUGGGUUAUGGUACUCCAUCUUCAAUGUAUCUUCGUGCUCCACCAUACGGGUCUUCCUUUUUUAAUGGUCCAGCACUGCCUCCUUAUGAUAUACCUUUCUCUGGAGGCUCUGCUUAUCAUUAUGAGUAUGGCAGUCGCCUUUCUAUUGGGAGUCCAUAUGGACCAUUCCAUAUGUCUGGACCUCCACCUUAUUCUAGUGGAUCUAUGAUGGGAACAGGUGGUAUGUAUGGUAUGCCUCCUAUGGUGGAUAGAUAUGGCUUGGGUAUGCCUAUGGAUCAUGGUGCAAUGGGAGCCAGGUCUGGAGCAUAUUCUGAUGAAAGUUCUCAAAACAAGAACACAGGUGAAGGACGUGAGAAUGAUUGGACAUGCCCUAAUUGUGGCAACAAUAAUUUCUCUUUUCGAACUGUUUGUAACAUGAGGAAGUGCAACACUCCAAGACCUGGAAGCCAGGGCUCAAAAUCAGAGAAUUCAAAAAGUUCCAAACCAAAAAUGCCAGAGGGCAGCUGGAAGUGCGAAAAGUGUAACAACAUAAAUUAUCCGUUCCGUACCAAGUGUAACCGGCAGAACUGUGGUGCAGAAAAACCAUCUCACUCAAUAUCUCAUGGGUUGACAUCCAGUGAGGAUGAUCAGUGAGUCCUAGGACUGUUGUGAGGGUCAAGAAGGUUCAAAGUCGUCGUCAGCGUCGCACGGUUGGUUGUUUGUGGUCAGUCAUGUGUCCUAUAGUUGCAGCCAUCAAUGAGUUUCUCCAUCUUCAUGUGAUCUAAGUUGAGUCAGUGUCGCAAGGUUAAGUUAUAUGCAUCUGGUAUCUUGGCUUAUACUGGUUCUCUAUGCAUCUCUUUCACGGAAAUGUUCAAAUGUUUGGCCAGGUCCAGUUGUGAUGGUACUUGCAGGUUGGUUCUGUUGGUUGCUGUUUCGUCAUGAAGACUUUUAUGUAGUAGUUCAGUUGUGUUUAUUUGUUUCUUAGAUCAUCAAGCAACUGUUAUACACUAUGUGGAUGGUCUCCUUGGUUUCACUAUCUUAUUUGGAGUCAUGGUCUUGGUCUUAAUUAGAUUUGUGAUAUGUAUGUACCUUGAAAGAUGAUCCUUCUGAGGGCUUCUACCUUCCAGAAUCUAAGAUCAAGUUAGUUUUGCUUA